GACGCUAGAAAAAACGCGACACUCCGAAGAAGAAUAAGACAUAUACAAAGUCACGAUCGUUACGCGCGAGAACACAUCAGCGAAAGUAGAAAUCUAUUUGUUGACUAUUGAAGUUAUCACUCCCAUUAGGGCUUUGAUUUUACAGCUAAGAAGAAGAUGGCAAUUUAUGAACAAAACGGAACGGUUACAUCAUCAAAGAAAAGAAAAUCAAGGGCACGAGCAGACGGUACAACGGUGGCUGAUAGACUAAAGAAGUGGAAAGAGUACAACGAGAUUGUUGGUGCUUCGUCUACUACAAAAGAACGUAAAGUUCCCGCAAAAGGGUCUAAAAAAGGUUGUAUGAAAGGUAAAGGAGGACCAGAGAACACUCACUGUAGUUUCAGAGGAGUUAGACAAAGAGUUUGGGGUAAAUGGGUUGCAGAGAUAAGAGAACCUAAUAGAGUAAGUAGGCUUUGGCUUGGCACUUUCCCUACAGCUGAAGAAGCUGCUUUUGCUUAUGAUGAAGCUGCUAAAGUUAUGUACGGUCCUUUGGCUCGCCUUAACUUCCCUCAACAGUGUGUUGCCUCUGAGGUGUGUAGUGUUGAGGAUAAACCGGUUCUUGGUGGUGAUGUUUGUGUUACACAAGAUGAUGCUGGUUCUGAAUCUAGACCGGUUAGUCAGAUCAGUGAUAAUAAUAAUACCAGGAUGAGUUCGGAUUUGCUGGAUGAGUUUGAUGAGGAGUAUUGGGGCAGAGUAUCAAAGGAGAUAGAGGAAGAGUUGCUUAGUGUUGCGGAUUAUGGUUGGUCUAGUGAUAUGUUGAACGAGUGGGAUCCGAAUGAGGUUUUUGAUGUUCAUGAACUCCUAGGCGAUCUAGAUGAUGGCAUUAUGUUAACUGGUCCCGGUGGUCCGGAUGAAGACCAGAACCGGAUAUACGCUGGUGGUUAUAACUCGCAUGUUCCUCUUCAGGUCGAGCCACAUGAUGGUCACGAGCUUUUUGACUUGAGUUCUCGGGAUCUUUGAGAGAGUUCCGACACAUAAUCUUUGGAUUUGAUCAUAUAGUAGAAACAUUAAACGAGUGUUAACGAUCUGAUUUCGCAGUGAAAUAAAUUAAACUUAGC